AACAAUAUGGCGUUUGGUACGAAAAAAGAAAUUGAAAUACGUUGACGUUUUCAGAAUCCCAUUCCACUUCACCGUUCUCAGGCCAGGCAUUGAAAUUCUCCUCCCUUUCAGAGAAUUGGGAAUUAGGGUUUUGUUUAAUGCAGUCUAACAAAGAAAGCCCAUUUCUUUCAAUUCUCUGUUACUUUUAAUCUUCUCCUUCAUCGCACUUUUAUGGCGGACCACUCCGACGACUCGCCUCUCAUCCCACCUUCUCCGAUCACUGAUCCCAACGAGAUCGACCUCGAGGCAGGCCCCGGCGAACAAAUCCAGUGCCGAAUUUGUCUUGAAACAGACGGUAGGGACUUUAUAGCUCCUUGUAAGUGCAAGGGCACGUCGAAGUACGUGCACCGGGAAUGUUUGGAUCAUUGGCGAGCCGUAAGGGAGGGAUUUGCAUUUGCUCACUGCACAACCUGUAAAGCCCCUUACCACCUGAGAGUCCACGUUGCUGCCGAUAGGAAAUGGAGAACCUUGAAAUUCCGAUUCUUUGUGACUAGAGACAUCAUGUUUAUAUUUCUGACUGUUCAACUUGUUAUAGCUUCAUUGGCAUAUCUGGUGUAUUUGACAGAUGGCUACCAGCAAUCCUGGCUUCGCCGUGCUUGGGGUUUUGAUAGUGAGGUUACUUUCUAUUACAUUUGUGGAGCUCUAUUGUUUUUCGCUUUGCUUGGUUUGUCUGGGUGCUUCAUUACUUGUUAUGAUCGAAGAGUGCGCAAUGAUUUGGCCCAGCCUUGCCGAGAAUUAUGCCUUUGUUGCUGUCAUCCUGGAGUUUGUGCAGACUGUCAUUUGCCUGGCACCCUUUGUAUGUGGACUGACUGCACCACAUGCUUUGAGAGCUGUGCAAGUAUGGCAGGUGAAUGUGGUUGCUUAGGAGGUGCUGGUGAAGCAGGGUUACCACUACUGUUUAUAAUGGCAUUGGUUGUGCUCGGACUAUUUACUUUGACUGGAAUAUUCUAUAGUGUAUUGGUUGCUACUAUGGUAGGGCAAAGGAUCUGGCAGCGGCAUUAUCACAUACUUGCAAAAAGGAUGCUAACAAAAGAAUAUGUUGUUGAAGAUGUCGAUGGUGAAAUGACGGGAUCUGAUUGGUCUCCCCCUCCUCUUCCACAAGAGCAUGUUCAACAACUGAAGACACUUGGCCUCUUAUAAGUUAAAAAGGGUUCUCAAAAAUAUCAUCAAUACUCACAACAAAUAUCAUGGUGCAUAUUUCACUUUCUCUCCUCCUAUUUGGUAAAUCAGUCCGUUACUUGUCGUCUUAUCUUCGUUUAAUCAUAUAUUUCUUAUCUGGGUCACUGAGAAAUGAGAAUGAUGUGGAAGGCGCUUGUAAAGAAGUUAUAUUCAUUAAAACUGGUUAUGAUUAAUGGAAGGUAACUUUUGAGAUUGAGAUUUAUUAGAUGGGUAGAAGAAAAGAAAUUUGGGUUUAGAAGAAUGUCUUAACAAGCUAACGUGCGUGUAUUAAUGUAUAUCAGUGAGGUUUACAAACUUGUAAUUUGCUGGAGGUGGUGUAUUGUACUUGGCUUCUAUUAUUUUUGCUGUUGUAUUGGUAAAUAAAAGAAUCUGCAACUAAAAAA